AUGGAGAUACCGGCUUUAUUUUUGUUUAUUAUAUUGGUAAAUAUCAGUUGUGUUGUUUCUGAACUGACCUUGAAGUUUGUAAUAAUAACAGAAAUUCAUGAAAAUGACUUGCCCCAGCAAGUAGGGCUUGCCAUUAAACAAGCAGAAGAAAACAAACAGGGUCUUGUUAUUAGUGAUGACAUCAUUCAGCUGGACAGAGAGAAUGAAGAGGAAAGUUAUAGACAGUUAUGCUCAUCCGUAUCCCAGGGAGUCUCUCUUAUCAUAGACCUUUCCUGGUCGCCCUGGGAGAUGGCUGAGGAGUUGUCAUCGUCAACUGGCGUACCGAUUGUGCGCUCGUUACUAGGAUCUCAGCAGUUUAUAGGAGGUUUUGAUGGUUAUUUGGAAACGAGGAAUGCAACGGAUGCUGCUAUAAUAUUGGAGAGCGAAAUAGAUGUCGAUAGAACUCUAUACGAGUUACUCGGAAGGUCACAUGUGCGUGUGUGGGUGCACGCUGGCCUGACCAGGGAUUCCGCUAAAGCCCUUAAAGGCAUGAGACCUGAACCUAACUUUUAUAUUAUCAUCGGGAGCGGUGUUUUCGUCACUUCGACAUAUAAAAGGGCAGUCAAAGAGAAGUUAGUCAAGCGGAGAUAUCGUUGGAAUUUAAUUGUUACGGAUUAUGAGAACAUUGAUGUAUCUAACAUUAUACUACCAACCGUUGUGAUGCAAGCUGAUGUUGCUGAAUGCUGCAAGCUGUUAGGACUCAGCGAGGGUUGCAGUUGUGUAAUGAGUUUGGAGAAGAAACAAUAUAUUGUCAACAAUUUAAUCCAUUACGUAGCAGAAACGCUAUCAAAAUUAGACACGGAUAAAAUCGUCAGUGUUAACUGCGAGAGUCCGAGUGGCGAGAUGAACGUAACAAAAGAGAGAUUCAAUCAAAUUAUUGAGGAAGAUUUAGUUGAUAACGGCACAUUAUUCUUUUGGGACCUCGAAAGGUCUGGCUUGUUCUUGCGGUCACGUUUCAUCAUGUCCACUUUUACACCGGAAACUGGUCUUCAGAAAGUAGCGACCUGGGCUUCUGAUGAGGAGUACAAGUUGCUGCCUGGUGUGGUUCUGGAACCGUUGAGGGAUUUCUUCAGAAUUGGAACUUCUCCGGCAGUUCCAUGGACGUUACCUAAGUAUGACCCGGAGUCAGGGGAACAGAUGUUCUCAGAAGAUGGGGAACCUCUAUAUGAGGGUUACUGUAUCGACCUAAUUGACAAAAUAGCUGAGGAGAUGGGCUUCGACUACGAGAUAAUAACUCCGAAAUCUGGUACGUUCGGUAGAAGAUUGCCGAAUGGUUCUUGGGAUGGAAUCGUCGGGGAUUUGAUGACUGGGGAAACGGAUAUCGCAGUCGCCGCUUUAACGAUGACAGCUGAAAGGGAAGAAGUAGUGGACUUUGUAGCGCCGUAUUUUGAACAGACUGGCAUACUUAUCGUUAUACGAAAACCGAUCCGAAAAACGUCACUAUUUAAAUUUAUGACGGUCUUGCGGACCGAAGUGUGGCUGAGUAUUGUUGCAGCUUUGCUUCUUACUGGUUUCAUGAUCUGGUUACUGGAGAAGUACUCCCCGUACUCUGCCAGGAAUAACCCUGACGCUUAUCCUUAUCCGUGCAGAGAGUUCACCUUAAAAGAGAGUUUCUGGUUCGCUCUGACAUCUUUCACUCCUCAAGGGGGCGGAGAGGCCCCCAAAGCGCUCUCAGGGAGAACUUUAGUGGCCGCGUAUUGGCUGUUCGUGGUGCUAAUGCUCGCUACAUUUACCGCUAAUUUAGCUGCAUUUCUGACGGUCGAGAGAAUGCAGACGCCAGUGUCCUCACUGGAGCAGCUGGCGAGACAGUCUCGCAUCAACUACACGGUCGUGGAGAGCUCGACGAUACACCAAUACUUCAUCAACAUGAAGUUCGCUGAAGACACACUGUACAGAGUCUGGAAGGAGAUAACGUUGAACGCGACGUCAGAUCAAGCGCAGUACCGGGUUUGGGACUAUCCCAUUCGGGAACAGUACGGACACAUCCUACUGGCUAUCAAUGCGUCAGGGCCGGUCCCAGACGCGAGGACCGGCUUCGAGCAAGUCAACGAGCACGCGGAAGCCGAUUUCGCGUUCAUACACGACUCCGCUGAAAUCAAAUAUGAGAUAACUCGCAAUUGUAACCUCACGGAAGUCGGGGAGGUGUUCGCGGAACAGCCCUACGCCAUCGCAGUGCAGCAAGGAUCGAGACUCCAGGAGGACCUGUCCAGGACUCUCCUGGAUCUGCAGAAGGAACGCUUUUUGGAACAGCUGGCUUCGAAGUAUUGGAACGAAUCCGCGAGACAGGCGUGUCCCGACGCCGACGAGUCUGAAGGGAUCACGCUCGAGAGCUUGGGAGGAGUAUUUAUAGCGACAUUAUUCGGUCUAGGACUGGCCAUGAUAACAUUGGGGUGGGAAGUGUUUUAUUACAAGCGAAAACAAAAAAAUAAAGUCCAAGCCAUAGACGCAACCAUAGAGAAGACGGAGGCUUUCGUAAAACCGAAGAAAGUACCCAAAAAGAAAGCGGACAGUGUUGCCAAGUUACGUAAGAGGAAUAAAAAGGGUGGCAACAUUAUUAAAAAUGUCACAAUCGGUGAUCAUUUUAAGCCGGCCGAUAAGGGUGUCUCUUAUAUUAGUGUUUAUCCUAGGGGUGGUUUUAGACCUUAA